AUGGCCACGGGCGGGGAGAAGCGGGCGGCGCUGCUGCGGCAGAUAACGGAGGAGGGCGGGUUCGCGUUCGUGGCCUCCGCGGAGAAGGCGGCCGCGGGGGACCUCCGCGCGGCCGAGGCGGCGCGGGAGAUGGCGUGGGAGCAGCUGCACUCGUCGCCCCGGGCCGAGGUCGGCGCCGCGUGGCGGGACGCCUACGCGCUCGCCUGCCUCCACGUCGCCGGCCUCCGCGCCGCCGCCGGCGACCGCCGCGCCGCGCUCCGGGCGCUCGACAUGGGACUCAUCAUGGGCGGGGGCCUCCUCCGCGCCGAGCUCGACGACGCCAUCGCGGGGCUCGGCCGCGGCGAGGCGGGCGCGGUCCCGGUCGCCGAUGGGGAUGUGCAGAGGUGGGAGGAAGGGAUCGCGGGGGGCCGAGACCUUGACGAUGUACUCAAACUUCUACCAGUGAAUUCCCUAUCUUGUAAGCAAAUUAAGAGGCGAUCAUGCAUUUCUUUGGAGGCAUUUAUACGUGAUUACUUUUUAUGUGAGUCCCCUGUUAUACUCAGUGGAUGCAUUGAGCAUUGGCCUGCAAGGACAAAGUGGAAGGACAUAAAGUACCUACAGAGUAUAGCUGGAGAUCGGACUAUUCCUGUUCAGGUUGGAAAAAAUUAUGCAUGUGCUGAGUUGAAACAGGAGCUUAUCACAUUUUCUCAAUUUCUUGAGAGGAUGUGGUCAAGUGAUUCUGCAAACUUGGCAUGUGUAGCGCAGCAUCAAUUGUUUGACCAGAUAAAGGAGCUCCACAAAGACAUUACUGUUCCUGAGUACUGUUUAGCUGGUGGUGGCAAACUCCAGUCACUUAAUGCUUGGUUCGGCCCUCAUGGGACAAUAACUCCAUUGCAUCAUGACCCACAUCACAACCUUUUUGCUCAGGUUUUGGGAAGGAAAUAUGUUAGACUCUAUCCUGCUUCUGUAUCCGUGGGUCUAUACCCUAACACAGAAAGCAUGCUAAGCAAUGCUAGCCAGGUAGAUCUUGACAACAUUGAUGAAAAAGAGCACCCGAAGACUGCAGCUCUUGAAUUCAUGGAUUGCAUAUUGGAGGAAGGUGACCUGCUUUACAUUCCCCCAAAAUGGUGGCAUUACAUCUUCCUUCAAGAAGUUCAUAAUGCUAUUGUUUUGACAAUUUUGAUCAUCCAUGAUGUUUCUAUCAUCAGAUUGGUAGAGACUUAA